AUGCCACUCUCUGGGGUCUGUGUGGACUAUGGUGUGGACUAUGGUGUGGACUAUGGUGUGGACUAUGGUGUGGACUAUGGUGUGGACUAUGGUGUGGACUAUGGUGUGGACUAUGGUGUGGACUAUGGUGUGAGUCUGUUCCAGUUCCCACCAGUCUUCAGGAGAGACAGUGACAGCGGCUCCAGUUUCAGAGCUUUGAAGACGAGAAGAAAGAACGCACACAGAGAGCCACAUCUGCCCCAGUGA